GCCUGGCCUUCAUUCUUUUUGUUUUAGCUGAGUGGGGUCGGCCGUGAAUCACGGCCCAGUUCGCACGCCAUGGAGUCUACCGGAGGUCCAUGGAGCCCCGGUAACCGGCCAUGAACCUCCUGAGCUCCUAUAAGAUCGGCCGCUGCAUUUCCCGGGGCCAUGCAUCCAGAGUUAACGUUUGUCUGGGUGCCCUUCUGUACCUUUCUGACAUUGUUGAAAGCGAUGUUCGCCGCUGGCCUUCAGCCUUCCUCCUUAAUUUGCACCAGACGAUUUACCAAGGAAGCCACAUACCUUGAGACAUGUGCCGUGGUCGCCGUCAAGCGAGUUACUCAUGAUUUGGAUGACAGGUUGCAGAAGGAGUGUGAGACGGAAAUCACGAUCCUCCAGAUGUUGGACCAUCCGAAUCUGAUCAAAUACCACACCCACUUCACCUUUCACGGUGAUUUGUUCCUUGUGAUGGAGCUAGCUACUGGCGGCACACUGGCCAAUCGAAUUGAACAGGCCAACCAGCAGGAGAAGCUCAUCGAAGAGCACCUGGUUUGGCGAUGGCUGAACGACGUAUCCAGUGCGCUAGCAUAUCUCCACAAGCGACGGGUACUUCACAGGGACGUGAAGCCAUCGCACAUCUUCAUUGGCGAAACUGGCCAGGCGAAGCUGGGGGAUUUUGGUCUCUCAAAGGCCUUCUCUGAUGCGACGACCUGCGCCAUGUCUUGCGUUGGCACACCGCUUUACAUGUCUCCAGAGAUUGUGCGGGGCGAGGGUUAUUCCUUUGGCUCUGACAUAUGGAGCCUUGGUUGCUCGCUUUAUGAAUUGGCAGCGGGGCUGCCACCCUUCUAUCGCACAGAUAUGGAUUUUGUGGCUUUGGGCCAUGCCAUUUGCUCUGCAGAAUAUCCAGAGCUACCUUCAGAUGUGUGGUCGAAGGAAUUCCUGAGUAUUGUGUCCCAGAUCCUGACGGUGGACCCCACACAGCGGCCCUCGGCGCAGAUGAUUUUCGAUUUGGCAGGAUGUAGGCUGCUGCCUCGGAUUCAUGACUUUCAGAUCAUUGGCGCCAUUGGCCGUGGACAGUUUUCGGAAGUGCAUCGAGCGCUUUGGAAGGCUGGGGGCGACCGUGAAGUGGCGCUCAAGCGCAUACAGAUUGACGAGAUGAACGACCAUGCCAGACGCGAGGUCUAUGCUGAAGCCAAGAUAUUGCAAGAACUCUCUCACGCUACUAUCAUCAAGUACUUUGACUCCUUCACAGAAGACAAUGAGAUGGUGAUCAUCCUGGAAUUGGCUGCGCACGGUGAUCUAUCCAGUCUUUUGAGCAAGCAGAAGCACAUGGAUCGACUCUUAGAAGAACACCAGGUGUGGGGGAUCUUUUUUCAGAUCGGUGAGGCGCUGCACCACAUGCACAGGCAGCGCAUCAUGCACCGGGACAUAAAGCCAGAGAAUACCUUCAUUUGUCACCGUGGAGUGGUAAAGCUUGGAGACUUGGGUCUCGGCAGAUUCUUUGGCUCAAAUACCUACAAGGCCCACUCUGUGGUCGGAACCCCGUUUUACAUGUCUCCGGAAGUUAUUUCUGAUUCGGGCGGCUAUUCCUUUAAAUCGGACAUUUGGAGUAUGGGCUGCGUCCUGUACCAGCUUUACACGCUAAGAAGUCCUUUCGCUGGUCCUGGCAUGAACUAUUAUAUGCUGGGGCACAAGAUCAACCGGGCAGAGUAUCCACCCUUACCAGCCGAAGCAUCUCAACGAGUGGCAAAGCUUUGCUCUGAGAUCCUCCAGGUGGAGCAGGAUGCACGCCCGGACAGCUCAACUAUCUGCGCGUUAGCAGGAAAAUACUUGAAUAAAUGUUUGGUGAUGCAUCCAACAGAGAAGCUGGUGGUUCCAGAAGGGUGCUCCUUCGAUGACCCACAGAUGAUUAGCCAAUGUCUCCAGCAAGCUGCACAGGUGGUCCAGGAAUUGCUCAACAACUCGGGCAGUCCACGACCACCGCGGUCCCCUCCCAAAGGGCAGGACAUCCAUCCUCCAUCGGUUCCCCGACCAGAAAGACCCCGCGGCGGCUACAUCUCUGUCGAUAAUAGGCGGUUUCCAAGCGCUGCCUUGGAGCCCUUGCUUUCAGGGACAACGCACACAAGGUCAGAUGAUGCUUUCAAGCCACUCACGGUGGCUCCUGGCCGCGCGCGCUCUCCACGCACUCUAUUGCCUAUAACACGGCACGGCUUUUCCACUUUGCCCUCGCAAAGCUCAAGGGCAAAUACCCCACACCGAACGGGAGGUGGCUCCCCGCAAGAACGUGGCCUGGGCUCCUCACAGUCAGCACCAGCACGUCCGACCUCUCCACGUUUGCUGGAUGAUGGAUUGCCUCCAGUAGGGCCGCUGCCAAAGAGGAUACUUGCACCAUUGCGGCGAGCACCAUCGCCACGCACAACUCGAUUAGGCGAGCAAGGGGUGUUGCUGACACCCCGGGAAAGCUUGGCAAGAACGCGUGCAAAUCAGGGUGUGGCGUGAAAAAGUUAGUUGCCGGUAACUUGCUGGUAUUACGAAUAU